ACAAUUUUGCAGCGCGACACGCACCAACAUUCUCAGUUAUUUUUUAAUAAUGCAUGAUGACGUCUUUUGACGGACUGUAGCUUUGGGAAACACCGGUCAACGACAGAAGCACAUAUUUCGCUAUCUCUGUUCGCGUGAACAAAUUAUGUUACUCGUCUGCUGCACCUAUACGCGGCUGAGCGCGCGCAAGCCACACACAUACACGCAGACACACACGCACGCAGUAGGCGAACGCUUGACGUACUAAAUAACUACUCUUCAAGAGCGGGACCCCCACUAGAGCUGCAGGAUACUUACAAUUUAGAGCCAUGGCGGAAACGACAUCCUUUGCAAAACAUAAAAAACAAAAAUCGCGCGCUGCGUAAAAAAAAAAAGAAAAACAUGACUGAAUGAAAAAUAAAGUCAAGCCAAGCCAAGCCAAGCUAAGCCAACAGAAUCUCGGGCGUGUGUGCUUCGUGUGUGCGCGCGUGCGUUUGUUACGGCGCGCGUACUCGCUUGCCCGUCUCACGCUGUCCCCGCGUGUCCGCACCGGAGUUUGCAGACAAGUUUCGAAUCGCUCAUGUUUCCCCGUUCCUAGCGCUUGGCUCUGAACUGUGAUGCUUGAGCGAUUAUAGCGUAGCGAAGCGCUUCGUCAUGUUACCUAGGCGAUCACUGCGAUGCUUGCGCGCUUUUCACACCGGAGCGACGGUUCCGGAGACGUUCGUCCGCUCUUCCCGAUUGCUGCAGCCCAGUACAUUCACUAAGUCUGAUGCAAAGCAGGCGCUUUGCAAGAGCCAGAAGCUCAUGUUGGAUUAUGGCCUGAUAAGCUCGGCAAGUACCGGGACAUUUGUUCUGCUCCCUAUGGCCAUGAAAGCGCUGGAGCGCCUCACCAAUCUGAUAGACACUGAGCUGCAGCAAGUCGGCGGCCAGAAGACAUACUUCCCCUGCCUCGUGCCGAGUUCUCUGUUCAAGAAGACAGGCCGCCUGGAUAAAUUGGGCCAAGAACUGUUCACGCUGAUGGACAGGAAAGACCACGACUACUGCCUUGGACCUACUCACGAAGAAGCUGUAACACAACUCGUGACGUCUUUGAAGACAUUGCCUCAAGCAUCGCUGCCACUUAUGCUGUAUCAGAUAACUCCAAAAUUUCGGGAUGAGGCACGACCAAGGUUUGGACUACUUAGGUGUAGAGAAUUCAUCAUGAAAGACAUGUAUUCGUUUGACAAAACCACAGAAGAGGCUGCAAGUACGUACAACAUGGUGUGUGAAGCAUAUAUGAGGAUUCUAAAGCAGCUUGAAGUUCCCUUCGUUAAAGCGAGGGCAUCCACAGGUGCUAUGGGAGGCAGUUACUCCCACGAGUUCCACUUUCUCAGUGACAUUGGUGAAGAUCACCUACAUGUGUGCACGCAAUGUCAGACAGGCCUUAGCGUCGAUGAAGCGAGCUCAGGUUGCCAAAAUGAGACAUGUGAAAACUGUGGCGGGCACCUUCAAGAAGCAAGAGGCAUUGAGGUGGCUCAUGCCUUCUCUUUGGGAACAACGUAUUCCAAGCCACUUAAUGCUACCACCCAUCAUGUUGAUGGCAAGCACAGGCCUUUUGAAAUGAACUGUUUUGGCGUCGGUGUCACGCGGCUCCUGGCAGCAUGCCUCGAAAUGCUUGCUUCGGAGGACCGACUGCGGUGGCCUCUUUCCAUAGCACCGUUCAGAGUCGCCGUCAUCACACCCAAGCGAGGUAGCCAUGAAGUUGUAAGCUUGCCCUUGGCAGAACACCUAGCAGGGCAGCUCGGCUCCCUCGACCAACUUCGAGGGGCAGUCCUCAUGGAUGACAGGGAUGACUGGACAAUUGGGAAGAGACUCAAAGACCUCGACACCCUGGGAACACCUUACAUAAUUGUUGUGGGCAAGAAGACCAAGGAACCGGUGCCCCUAUUUGAGCUUCACGAUACAUCAAAAGGCACAACGACUGAACUCACGCAUUCAGAACUGCUGCACUUUUUUCAAUUUGGACCACUUGCAGUAAAAAGAAUAUACUGAAUAAUGUCCGGCACCAGGAGUAACAUCUAGUUCAAGCACAAUUGUACUACAUAGGCCAAGGGUGAUACAAAAAUAAAUUUAUGCAGAAGCCAUCAACAAUGAUUGU